AUGUCUCUCAAUGGGUUAGAUAGUCCCACGGUCCUUGAAGCAUACCAGAUCGCUCUCUCCGAAGCUGGAGGAUGGUUCCUUCUACGCUAUGUGUCAAGGGAUGAAAUAGCUCUUCAUGAGCGCGGGACUGGAGGAGUGCCCGAUGUGCGGAAUGCGAUUGAAAGCUACGAGGAAUCCUCUCCACUCUACGGGUUUCUGCAAUACCGUCGGAGGAAGGUCGUCCUCAGCUAUCUUCCUGAGGACCUAUCCCGACUCGUGCGAGCUAGAACGACAGUUCAAUUCAAAUCGGUCCUUGACAAAUUCUCGCCUCAUGAUACUGUCUUCUCCUUGUCGCAACCGUCCGAAUUGACGGAAAGCGCCCUUUCGUCCGCGUGUCUCCUACACACCGCUUCAGGUUCUAUAACGUCUUCUUCGAGCUCACUCCGCCGUCGCAGACUGAUGGAAAUCGCGGAAGAUGCAGAGGAGUCACCCGCAAAGGAGACGGUACAGACUCAAGCUUUAGCCCAGGAUGCCCGACAGCGGUCGUUCAGUCAAGCGUCGGAAGCGACAGUUGUGCCCCCAUCAGUAGCAUCAACUGCGCCUCAAGGGCCCAGUGGCGAUACAUCCGUACCAACGAGUCCAGAUGACGACUACGCCAAUGGCCUCUCACAUUCUGUCUCUGCGGAGCCACGACCUGAUUCAUCCAGGAAUUAUGCCGAUGAUUUGUCUCUGGUGCCGUCGGAAUCCCGGCAGUCUACGCAGUCGGCGAGACCUUCCAUUCGAGACCUUGAACGCGCAGCGGGAAUCAAGCCCAAGGUGAAGCUAGGACCCAGGCCCUCAGUAGAUGGUAGUGGACGGCCGCGCACGGCGGGUAAUCUCGCACGCAGCGUUGAACAAAGACCUGUCGCGCCUCUACCUGCCGGUAUGCGAGCAUCCCCGUUUCGCAAGUCCAAUCCUUCUCUCGCCCGUCCUCGCUCCCACGGGAACCCUAUCGCGAGUCCAACUGCUAAGGUACCCCCAGUGCCCCCGCUUUUGGUGCCGCCAUCUUCAAUGUCAAUCUCAAGACCCCAGCUUUCUCCUGGUGCCAAGUCACUGAGUGCACUAUCCACAUCCUCGACCUCCAACGAGAAGGAGCGACUUAUGAAAGCGCUUCAGCUACGCAAAUCGCAGAUGCAGAAGAGGGCACAAGCAGCGAAACAGACCCAACCCUCUAAUGAAGAAACUAGCAUCGCAACGCAGGAUGCGAACGACGACACAGGAAACCUUGGGCUACACUCUGAGAACCAGAAGUAUGGCAAAGGACGGCUGAGGUUAUCUAGCAUCUCGGAGCACGACAACAAGUGUCCACUCUUCAUCUUACAGCCUGAAAACCAACAAGCUGAUACUGUUGAAAUUGCUGGAUAUCAAGGUCAGGCGAAAGAUCUUUCUGGCCCGAUCAAGGAAGAGCCAGUCGUAGAAAUGGUCAAGGAUGAGUCCAAUUAUAUGCUACCCAGUACUACGUACUCACCCGCAGAUCCUGGAUUGAUUGGUGACGAGAAGAUUGCGGAGGAAGUCGUUCUUUCUGGGCCCGAAACCGAUCCCAUUCAAGAAGAAGCAACUGGGUCCACUGAAAAUGACAUUAAGUGCGGCACCGGCUCUCCUAGCGCCAUUGUUGACGUCCCACUUGAAGACAAUUCUCAAAAUCCCCCAGACUCGGGGGAAGAAGAAAUUAUCCCACCUCCCCCGCCGGUCGACGAGGAGACUUUCACUACAAACGAAAACGAGGUGGCCGUGCCCGCCGAUACAGACGAGAACAUCCACCCCCAGUCAAUCCUUCUACCAAAAUCACCCGUGUCUGAGACGCGGUCGGAAUCCGUCACCGACUCCUCGACAAUAAUCGCUUCGAACCUCGUCGAUCUGCAGAAUACACCAACGCCUGAAGUUAUAAACAUAGAUCAAGAAAACGCAACAACCCGAAAAGAGAGACGCAGACCUGCCCUUGAGCCUAUACAAGUUCCGACCCCCGAUUAUUCUGAUGACGACAGUCUCUCUGAUGAUUCCUUCAUGGAAGAAUUGAAAAGUGCUACGGUCGAGGAGGCGAAGCCCAUCUCGGUGGGAAAGUCUCCUCUGUCACCAGGUUACUCAAACGGGGGGAAUGUUCAGUCUGCGCCUGAUGCUUGGAGAAAUUCACGUGCUGUUUCUAACCCAAGCGCUAUUGGACAUCAGUUUCCCAAUACACCUACUUUCGCUACCGGCAGGUCCGUUUCAAGUCCCUUUUCACCGGCCGAGAAUCCCACCGGUCCUGUGUUGGUGGCCAAAAAGAUAAAUGUUUCCUCCGGAAUCUCUAAACGCAUCAAGGCUUUGGAGCAGUUCUCUAGUAGCCGCGAUGGACCGGCAACUCCGGCCACGGGCGUCUCCAACCCAACUGCAGCCUCCUUUGAGAGUCUCAGGAAGCGAGCUUCAAUAUCCUAUGGCGGUGGUAACUCGGAAAUGCCACGACUUUCACCGGAGCCUUUUUCUCGAGCUGCUAGUUUGAGACGGCCCGAUUCGAGAGCUAGCACCAAUGCCGAGCGACCCGCAAGCUCUGUAUCCGUGACAGCACGCAUUGUCCGUGAACCUGUCCCUAACGGGAACGAGCUGAACAAGGGUACGGAACCCGGCUCGCUCAACUUGCAGGCUAGUCCGCUCACUGUCGAAACUGGCACUCCGGACGAGUCUCCGUCCCGAAACCCCACCCCGGAGUCUAUCAUAAACAAAGAAGAACUACGAAGCAAGUCUGCCUCUCCUGCCAACGUUCCUACAGGCUCGCCCAAACCGCCACCGGCUGCCCUACCACGUUCGGACAGUAGAUUGUCUGGGUCCUCCAAAAAUGACGGAUACUUCCUUUCGAGAUCCCCAAGUGAAACGUCGGCUUCUUCGCCCGAGGAGAAGAGAGAAUCUCGCGCCUCCAGACUUCUCCGCCGUAUGUCAUCACUCACUUCACCCACGCGCCGAAGCACCGCCAAUUCGAGAAGCCCAGCAGUAAAAGAGGAGGAAAGCAUGCCAUCUGUAGCAGAGGGACCCAAGAAUACAGUGGAGCUUCCUGCAGCAGUUGAUAUUGGCGAGGUUAAUGUUCAGUUUCCUGACACUCUCCUUUGGAAGCGGCGAUUUAUCCGAAUUGAUAGCCAAGGAUUUUUAGUCUUGACUCCAGGGAACAUCGACUCGAGUAAUCGCAACAUGAUCAAACGAUACCACUUGUCCGAAUUUCGAACUCCAUGCAUACCGGACGAAGAACGACAAGAACUUUCGAACAGUAUCUUGCUGGACUUUUUAGACGGAAGCACUCUGCAAUGCGCCUGCGAAUCAAGACAAGGGCAGGCGUUCGUUCUCCAAAGUAGACUAACUGGAACAGCUCUUGUCGAGGCCCAUAGCAUUCACCAGCAACUCGUGUCAAAAUAA